UUGAAUGAAGCCUUUGGAAAUAAUACAGAAAAUAUAAAAAAUACUUCUUACUUACUUACUUGGGAAACCAACAUCCCCAAAGACCAUACCAUCAAGGUCAACAAAUAUUACGAGCUCACAAACGAACUCACUCGAAAUAGGUUCGUAGUAGAUUUGUACGCGGUAGAGGUGGGAGCGAGAGGUAUAACAGCGAAAUCUCUCUAUAACCUACUAAAGGACUUGGGCUUGUCCAGAACUCACAUUAAUGCAUUCUUGGAACGUACGUCGAAGGCAGCCCUAGUAGGUUCUUUUCAAAUUUGGUUAGGUAGGGAGAGGAGCUUGGACAGUGGAGGUGAGCGUAUAACGCGCUUUAAGGUCGCCCUUUUAUCGGCGCUUGUUUAUGCUGCAAGUGCCGGUGUACUGUCUGGAGAACACAGUCAUGAUUCCUAUGUAUCAUCAGCAUCACAAGCCCCUUCUGCGUCAUAUGGAGCACCUUCAAAUUCUUAUGGACCUCCUGCUUUAUCUGCACCGUCUGGUGGUUUUGGUUUAAGUGCUCCAUCAGCUGGAGCUGCCCUACAUGAAUCUCAAAUAAGCCACAGUCAAUCAGUUGAAAGCUCGUCGUUCGUUGAAAGCGGAUCUUCAUUCUCAAGUGGAAAUGGUUACAGUGGUGACGUUGCUGGUUCAUCCGUUGACAAUGGUUACAUCUCCAGUGGUGCGGCAGUUGGCAGUUCUGAUUUUGGAGCUGUUGGAGGAUUAGGUUCAAGUUCAGGUCUAGAUGGAGCUGCUUUUGGUAAUGGAGGUGGAGAUCUUAGCAGUCUCGGUGGUUUCAGCUCAUCAGGUUCUGGUGGAGCCUUGGUUGAUGCUGGGCUUAAUGGUGGUGCCGGAGUUGGCGGUCUUGCAGCUAGCGGUGCUGUUCUCUCUGAACCCCUAGUUAACAACGCUGCUAUUCCAGCUGUUGGAGCUCCUAGAGUUAUUGGAACCAGUGUAUCCGUUGGCCGUCCUGUUGCCGAAGCUUCGAGAUACGAGCUUCAAUCAGUCGUACAAAACGUUGUUCGCCGAAUUCCAAUUGAGGUAGUUCGUCAUGUCCAAGUAUCUGUGCCUCAGCCUGUACCGGUCCCAGUUCGUCAGGAAGUCAGAGUACCCGUCCCACAACCUUACCCCGUCCACGUCGAUGUUGUUAAACAUGUUCCCUACCCUGUAUACAAAACUCAGCACGUUGAAGUAGAAAGGCCCGUACCAGUUGAAGUUGUGAAGCAUGUGCCCGUUGAAGUUAUCAAGAAAGUCCACAUUCCUGUUGAUAGGCCUGUAGAAGUGAUUAAGAAGGUCCACGUACCUGUUGAGAAAACUGUUGAGGUACCCGUACCUGUAUGGAAACCAUACCCGAUUCAUAUCAUCAAGCAUGUUACUCACUACAAGAAAAAGAGCUGUUGCUGGUAA